AUGUCUUCUAUUUCUCCAAAUGAUACUGAAGAUGAAGCCGAUGUUGUUGGAAGAGCUCUUAUUGGGAUUGUUGAUAUUGGAUCUAAUGGUAUAAGGUUCAGUAUUUCUUCAAAAGCUUCACAUCAUGCAAGAAUCAUGCCAUGUGUUUUCAAAGAUAGAGUUGGUAUAUCUUUAUUUGAUGCUCAAUAUGAUACAAAUUCUACCGAAAAAAAACCUAUACCAAAAGAUACCAUCAAUGAUGUAUGUGCUGCUAUGAAAAGAUUUAGAUUGAUUUGUGAAGAUUUCGGUGUUCAAGAAUCCGGUGUUCGAAUUGUUGCAACUGAAGCAACAAGAGAAGCUGUUAAUUCUCAAGAAUUUCGAGAUGCUAUUUAUGAUUCCACUGGGUGGGAAGUUGAACUUUUGAAUAAAGAAGAUGAAGGUAGAAUAGGAUCUUAUGGUGUGGCCUCUUCUUUUGAUUCUCUUUCCGGUUUAUUUAUGGAUCUUGGUGGUGGAUCUACUCAAAUCUCUUGGAUACAAUGUAUAAAUGGUGAAAUCACAUUAAGUUCUAAUCCAGUUUCUCUACCAUAUGGAGCAGCUGCACUUACAAGAAGAUUACAAUUUGAAGAUAAAAAAAGUCUCUAUUUUGAAAUACAAAAUGCUUAUAAAGAAGCUUUCAAAAAAAUUGAUGUUCCUCCACAACUUUUAGAAGAGGCUGAAAGAAAUAGAGGUUUUGAUUUGUAUACAUGUGGUGGUGGAUUAAGAGGUCUUGGACAUUCAUUAAUAGCAGAUAUUAAAGAGUAUCCAAUUCCAACAAUUAUCAAUGGAUUUUCAUGCUCUUUUAAUGACUUUAUUGGAAUUUCAAAUUAUUUGUUUUUAAAAGAUUCAUUACCUCAAAAGGAAUCUAUCUUUAGAGUUAGUGAACGUAGACGUUCACAAUUACCAGCUGUUGGUUUAUUAGUCUCGGCUGCAUGUGAUUCACUACCAAAGAUUAAGACCGUCCAUUUUGCUGAAGGUGGUGUUAGAGAAGGUGCAUUAUAUUCAAUGUUACCAAGAGAAAUCCGUGCACAAGAUCCAUUAAUUAUUGCAUCUAGACCAUAUGCCCCAUUAUUGGCUAAUAAGUAUUUAGAGUUGUUAAAGACUGCUUUGCCUGAGAAAUAUGUUCCAAAAGAAGUUAGAGAAAGAGUUGCCCCUGCUUUAUGUAAUUUAGCAUUUGUUCAUUGUGCAUAUCCAAAAGAAUUACAAUGUACAGCAGCUUUACAUGUUGCCACCACUGGUAUAAUUGCAGGAUCUCAUGGAUUAUCGCAUAGAACAAGAGCUUUAAUCGGGGUUGCAUUAUGUGAUCGUUGGGGUGGUGAUUUACCAGAAAGUGAAGAAAAAUUUAAGACAUCAUUAUGUGAUCUUGUUAAAAGAGAUGGUAACAAAAUUGAGAUGGAACGUAUUGUUUGGUGGACUAAAUAUUGUGGUACAAUCAUGUAUGUUAUAUGUGGUGUCCAUCCAGGAGGUAAUAUUAGAGAUGGUGCAUUUAAUUUCAAGAUUGUUAAUGGUGAUAUGGAAGUUAAAGAUGAAGAUGAAAAAAGAAAAUUUGAUGUUAUUGUGGAGAUUUCUAAUGAUGAUAUCAAGACAAGUGCAAGUGUUCGUGGAAGAAUAUUGACAUUACAGAAAAAAGUUCGUAAACUAUCAAGAGGCAGUUCGGAAAAAGUUAAGAUUGGUGUUCAAAUCUAUGAAUAA